AUGGUCACUACUAUACCCCCAUGGCUUGCGGCCAUCUUCGUUGGCGUAACCUUCAUAAUUACAGUCUUGUUCAGAAGCCUUCGAGCGCCAAACAAUGGGCGUGAGUCGCUGAAGCCAGUUGAGGCCAACGAGAAAGCCGAAGCUGGCAGCUUGAACUUAAAGCUUAAGCCCAUUGUUGCAACAAGUGUAGUCGUUCCGCCUUUCGACUUUCGCAAAGAGCCACCCCGAGCGUACCGACCUUUCAAGACUCGCACGCAUGUUGCUAUGGGCAUCGAAAAGGUCCCUCAGUCGGACUGGAUACAGAUGGAUUGGGGAUAUCUUGAUCGACUUAACGAGCGCGUCCCUGUAAUGGAGAAAAAUCCGCAGUGGACAAUCGGCGUGAACGAAAUCAGCGCUCCGGCGAUCCUCGAGCUCUUCAAGGAGGUCAUGAUCGACCAUGUCCCUAAGCACUUCCCCUCCAUGUUCCGGCUGGACGGCGACAUCCUCACGAACCUUAUCACGCAACAGACUUUCGACGUUGAGCGCGCCAGUAAAGAUCCCCACCUGGCGCUGCGCACGCUCUGCCGUAACGUCGAGGAGGACUUUUAUCUCAUGUGUCCCGAUGGACAAGGCGACUGGCGAUUGCAAGGAUAUAUCUCGUGCUUCCCCGGCGGGUUUGACGGGCCAUCUCGAGUGGGCAUGUCGUUCCGGGACAUUCACCUGCCCGUGCCGCAUUAUGAAGAGCGCAUUGCCAAUGGAGUCGAUAAAUUUGUGCGCCGAAUGAAGGUGGACGGGCAACUGGUGCAGCGUUUUAACUGGAGUCUUCAGUGCGACGGCAAAGACCUCUGGCGUCUGGACGGCAAUAACUUCUACCCUGAGAAAGGCCAUACCCUUCCCAACGAAGCUAAAAGGAUCGACAUCGACCAGUCCUGGCUGCGCUACGAGCGACAAACGCUCAAAGUGCUCCCGGAGACCGGGGCUAUUGUUUUUUGUGUCCGACUGUAUAUGACCAGUCUGCGUGACAUUGUGCGCGAGGGCAACGGCAUCGAGCUGGCGGACGCGAUUGAUUCGAUGCCAGAGAAGUUGGGGCUUUACAAGAUGCGCCCAUUUUGGGAGGAAGACGUGAUGGCUUUUCUGCGAGGCACGGUUUGA